AUGCUUUUUACUCAAGUUUUGGCAAUGGGUGUCCUCGGGCUCGCCAGCUCUAUUGCUGCCCUUCCAACCGACCCCGCAACCGGCACCGUCGAAGAUAGUGUCAGGUCCAGCGAGGAUACGGUCAACCUGUAUGCUCGCUGCAACCUUCUUAAUUGCCCAAAGGGCAAGAUAUGCAUUGGUGGCAAGUGCAUCUCAGCAUAA